GAUAGGGUGGGUCUCCAAUUCGCAGCAACCUCCAAGUUGGUGAGACCUGGAAAUCAUUAUUAUUUACUACAUAAUUUAUUUUUGUAUAUUUGUUACAAAUAUAAAUUUUAUAGUAAAUAAUAUGAGCUAAUGGCUGCGCUCGCGAUUUCAAUUUUUAAUUUUUUACGUAUUAAGAUAUUGUAAUUUUAUUUUUUUUUUCGAUUUUCCGAAAUUUCAUUACCAAAUUAAUUUGAAUUAUAUAUAUAAAAGAGUAAAUAAAUACUGAAACUAUAAGCUGUUGUUCUUAACGAAUAUUGUAAUUUGCUAGGAAAAAAUUGUUUCUAUAUAUAAUUUGUUAUGUUCUAUUCUUUCAAUAAUAAAAAAAUAGAGACUUUAAUAUUUCGUUUUUUUUUGAAUAAUAAUUGAAUAUCUAUCUAUUACGUUGCGUUUGUUGUGAAUAUUUAUAUUGAAUUGAAAGAUAGAAAACUCUUUUUGUUUUUAUCCUCUAUAUCUAUUUUAGAUAUCUUAUUUCUUGCAGAAUAGCUGUUAGAAUUCUUGGUAGAUUAUCAUGAGAUUAUUGUGAGAUUAUUCUAAUAUUUUCGUUUAAUAAUAUUUUAUGGUGCCGAAUAAUCUCACAGGAAUCAAGAUUUUAUCAAUGGUUUUAUCAAUGGGUAAAAUUUGUUUUUUUUAGGUGUCUUUUUUUGUCAGUAUUGAUAAUAAUAUGAAAUAAAUAUGAAAGUUUAUAGUAAUAUUUAUUAAAUUUAAUAUGAUAUUAAUCGAUAUCUAUGUAAUCUUACAUAGUAAUUUAUAUAUUUUUUAUCGUCAGGAAUUAUCACUGUACAAAUUUAUAUUGUGGUAUAUUAAAAAAUACGCUAUUGCUUUUAAAUAUAAUUAUGAAUUAAUCUAUUUUUUAUUAUUAUUGUUAUUUUUUAGUUGAAGUUGAAUUUAUUUUAUAAUGUCGCGAUUUAUGAUAUCAAGAUAUUUGAAAUAACUUUUCAUAGAAUUAUCUCUUUAUCUUGCUUUGUUUAAACUUUAUUUUUAAUUUAUAGUAUAGUCAACUAGCUUUAAUCGAUUUUAUCAAUUUUAUUUGUUUUGAUAUAUAGAAUCGAUUUUUUAAAUAUGUCAAAUAUAUUAUUAUAUUUUUAUAUUUAAUGAAUUCUCCUUUCUUGAAAAUAAUAAAAAUCUACAUUAUUAAUUUUUGAUAUAGAUGUAUUUUUCGAAUUAAUCAUUUAUUCAUACUCGUAUAUUUUAAAGAUAUAUUUUUUUCGUUUUAAUAUGAUUAGAUAUGAUUAUCUCUAUAUAUUUGUAUAUUUAAAAAAUUUUUUCUUUGGUAUAAUAGAAAUUUACAUUAUCAAUUGUUGAUACAGAUAUAUUUUUCGAAUUAAUCAUUUAUUCGAAUUCGUAUAUUUUGAAGAUAUAUAUUUUUGUUUUGAUAUGAUUAGAAUCGAUUUUUCAAAUAUCUCAUAAAUAUAUUAAUAUAUGUGUAUAUUUAAAAAAGAAAUUUCUUAGAAAUCUACGUUAUCAAUUGUCGAUGUAGGUGUAUUUUAUUUGAAUUGUUAAUUGUUUGUUUAAACCUAUAUAUUUUAAAAACAUUUUUUUGUUUAUCAAAACUUGUUUUAUGUCAAGUUAUAUAAAUAAUUGUUUACUACGAUCAAAUUUUCAUCUAUUCAAUAUAACUUAUCUUCUAUUUUCGUCAUACGUAUACAAAAGAUCAAGUUUGGAAAGUGGUGCCCUCUGUUUCAAACAGUUUGGAAUAUUGUCAGCGGGCAGGCGCUGGACCGCUUUCUGAGGCUGCGUGUGGGAUAAAGAGCGAAAGACAGAGAAAGAUCGCGAUUCAAACUCGAAAUCUAACGAGGAACUCUCAGAGCCACGCGAGUGGCCGCGCGAUACGGCACGGGUGUUUGAAAACGGCCGAUAAGAGUGUGCAUCGCGCCAUGUGUACGGAGAAAAGUGCGAAUUUGCUGUGGCUUCUUUAUUCCAUAUUGCUCAUUUAUGGAUUUGUUCUGCCAUACGGACGCUGCCAAAACGCGGAUCCGCGAGAACAAUUCGAUAACAGGGAUGACGCGAGGAAAAUAGACGAUCUGCGCGAUGAACUGCAGGCUGACGAUGCGGAUCAGUCGUAUGUCUGGGAUGCGUCUCUCGAGGGUAAAAAGACGCUCGAUGAGAACGGGAGCUCCCUCUCGUCUCGAAACGCGGCGGAGGUGUCGGAGACGGAAGUGGAAACAGCGCCUCGGGCAGACGGAAAUAGGGACAAGGUCCUCGUUCCACCAGAAGGUGUUUCCAACUCAUCGUUUCGGCCGGGUCUGAAUGUCACCUCGACGUCGAUCACUCGUCGAAAGGGCGACGGCGGUGACAGAUCCCGGAAGAAACGUCGCAGGAACAAAGAUUCUAAGAGCGCAAACACAGAGGUGGAUCGUCAGCGAGAUGGCACCCAGGAGAACGAGAUCAGGGGAAAGCGAAACGGACAGACGAAGAAGCCGAAAGAUUCCGCGGCGAGGAGGUAUCGCGCCGAGCGUCGCAGGAGGAGGAAGAAUCGCGAGCGGAAGCGUGGGAGGAAGAGGACGAGGAACGGCGAGAAGAACGGCGAGGCGCGUAGAGCGUCCAAGUUCAAGAGAAGGAUGAACGACGCGCCCGCGGCGCUGCUUCUCGGCAAGAUCGAUGGCCACGUGGUGGACGACACGAACGUGACUUCGAGAGGUAACCAAACGCGCUCGAGCGGCACCGAUGUUACGUCACCGUCCAAUCUUCAGGAUCAAUUAACCACCGAGGCUGCGAAGAGAUCCGCACAGACCACCUCGCGUUACAACAUGUAUGAGGACACCGUGGAGAGAGAAUUUUCGAAACAGCUCGAGAAAGAGAUCUCGCGGACCCAGAUGGAGGAUCCUGCCAGCUUGGAGAACCGUAUCCUGGGCAGCUCUGUUCCCAAGUCAUCGCGGAAAAAUCGAAAGGAGGAGGAGGAGGAGGUGGAGGAGGGCGGCAACGCGAGCGAGGCGAAGUUUGGCAACUCUAGGUACGACGCCGAGAAGAUGUUGGGCUACUCGAGGACGGAGGAGGAUCUGCCCAUUCUGGAUUUGGAGAACGAGGUCCUGGCGAGGACGUUGAAGGAUUACAACGCGUACAUGACGUCGAGUUUGAGAUUGUCGAUGGUGGCGAGGCGGGACGAGGUCGAGCGGAGGAGGGGCGGCGGAUCGCAUUUUCAUGGAAAGCCCAUAAUCGACGAGGCAGAGUUGGACAGGUUGGGCGGAAAGAAGAGUACGGAAUGGGCGAGCAGCACAGUGGUGUACGAGGACGAUACGAAGGGGGAUUUAUCUUGCAUAAACGGGACCUUCGUGCCAGCACCCCUCGCCCGACACGCGCUGAUCAAAUAUGUAAAAUCGUCGAUACCAGGCCACGAAUACUUGGAAGCCGAUUACGAAUGUGCCCCAGGAUUCUAUAUGGUGAGCACAACAAACAGAUUAUUAUGCAGAAAUCGUCAAUGGAUGGGACAACUACCAAAGUGCAAGAUCAAAGCGAAUUUUCAAGGUGCGUGCAUCGACGCUUCCUGCGAUCACGUUUGCAAAGAAGUCGAUGGCAGACCGGUGUGUUCCUGUUACAAAGGUUUCCGGUUGGAGGAUGAUAAAUGUAUGGAUGUGAACGAAUGCAAGGAUAACAAGGGAGGUUGCGAACAUAAAUGUGUGAACACCCCGGGAUCCUUUCGUUGUGAAUGUCCAAAGGGGAUGAAACUAGACGAGGACAGGUUCACAUGCAAGGAUAUCAAUGAAUGUCUGUUGAACAACGGGCACGGGCCUUGUCAGGAUACGUGUCGGAACACCAUAGGCGGCUAUGAAUGUUCCUGCGACAGUCUACAGGACACCGUGCUGUCAGCCGACAACCACACGUGUCAGACAGCGGGUCCCUGUAGCGUCAACAACGCGGGAUGCUCCCACACCUGUCUCUCCACUAUGGGACGAGUAUUUUGUCUCUGUCCCGAUGGUUUCAUCCUGGAGGACGACUGGAAAACCUGUCAAGACGUGGACGAGUGCGCCCAACCCGAUUUGCAAACGGAGAUGUGUCGGUACGGUUGUAUCAACACACCAGGAUCUUAUCGAUGCGCCGAGCCAAUGGAGUUGAAGGAUCAACCGAUACUGGACAGCUUGUCCAUCACGUGCCUGCCGGGCUACGAGGCCACCCCCGAUGGAACUUGUAUCGAUAUCAACGAGUGUACGGUUGACAAUGGUGGGUGCACAGAAGUCUGCGAAAAUACGGAUGGGAGUUUCUUCUGCGCCUGUGACGGUGACGAAAAAGCUCUAUCGUCGGAUGGCAAGUCUUGCGUGGAUAUAAAUAAUGUAUCCUGCCCACCGUUGAAUCCGGAGGGUCGAGGAUAUUUAAUGUGUUCACGUUUAGCUACUCCAAAGCCAUGGAGAGGUAGACGAAGAGUGGCCAAUCGACCAGGUACCAAAUGUUUCUUGAAGUGUCCCCACGGGUAUCAACUUCACGGAGAAUACGAAUUGACUUGUAGAUCGGAUGGUUCGUGGGACGGUCCAAAACACGGCGAGUGUGUCAGGUACAGCAAGCCUCGUUUAGAGUGCCCGAAAGAUGUGAUCGCGGAAUUGCCACCAGGGAGAGACGAGGCCUUCGUGACGUUCGAUCAACCCUCGACAGAUCUCGAUUGGUUCCGGUACGUUCGAUCGAAACCCUCCUGGGGGACCAGGCUGGAGGCUAAUCUAACCCCGGGUGUGCAUGAGAUCACGUUCUUCGCGAGACACCCGGUAUCGAAGAAGCAAGCUAGCUGCGUGUUGCGCAUCAUUGUCAAAGGAGGUGAGGCGCCAAAAGUUAAAGACUGUCCGAACGACAUAGAGGUCACGGGGAGAAAUGGGACAGCGAUUACGUGGACCGAGCCAAUUUUCACGGACAACGUGAAGGUGACCCGGAUUAGGAGCAACGAGAGUCCAGGACGACGUUUCGACGUCGGUGGCCACAGAGUGGAGUACGAGGCGAGCGAUGAAGCAGGUUGGUCGAGCAAGUGCGUGUUCACCGUGGUCCUUCGCCAGGAGUGAGGCGGAAAUUCGUCGACGAUCAGGUGAGCGCGAGAACAAGGAAGAAGGAAGAGGAACAACGGAGCGAAAGAAGGAAUCCAGGUAAAAGGGGGGGAAAAGGUAGCAGCAGGCUGGAAGAGCAACGAUAAGGUAAUAUAAAUGGAAAUGCUCUGGACUCAUGCGCGUCGUAUUCUUCGCGUGCGUAAUGGAUUCCGUUUUAUUCGAAAGGUUAAACGUGAAUGAGACACGAACAUGUCUUGUCGCGAUAUUCGUGAUAUACACACGAGUGUGUGCACACGUGGAAAUUUGUUCGUUUUAACGUUUGAAAAAGUGAUUGGAUAUUAUCCUAUUUGGCGGGAUUAGAAGAUGAUUUAAAUUUGGAAAUAUGUUUCCAAAUUUGGGGGAUUCUUUUCUUUUUAUUGUUUAUGAAUUAGUUUGAAAAAAGAAUUAUAAUUUUUCGUUUGGAAUAAUAUUUAAAAAAAAACAUACAUUUAUAUAUGGAAAUAUAUGUAAUUAGAAAGAUGGUUGGAAAGUUUAAAAAUUGCUUUUGGGAUCUUUCUUUCAGAGGGAUUGGAAUUUUUAUUAUCUUAUUAAUUAUCCCAUUAAGAUUUUCACAUUUGGGAUUUUUAUAAUGUUUUUGAUUAUCCAAAGCGUGGAUAUAAAUUUCUUUUUGUGAAAAUACUGUUAAUAUUUUACGUACUGAUUUUAUUUUCUUUUGUUCUUAUUAUAAUAAUCAUUAUUUUUUUUUUUUUUUAGCAUUAUUUUUCUCCUUCGAUUAUUUAAUAUAGAACGAUUAUUAAUAUACACGAUUCAAAAAGUUUAAUAGAAUCGUUAUCGUACAAUAUCGACAAAGAUGAUCUCAAGAAUAAUGAUUAAUAUCCUUGUUACUCAUAAUUCUUUGAUGAUUAUUGCCAAUAUCUGAAUUCCCUAGUCUCCAUAGUUUCGCAAACAUUUAUUUGUUAAUGGUGUACCAAUCAUCUAAAAUAUUUUAUAAUCUCUAUCACGCUCAAAGGUUUUUCAUUUUGAAACACUUGGAAUGUUAUAGCGAAAAAUAUUAUUCCAGUGGAUAAUAUAAUGUUAUAUUCGACCAGUAUCUUCAUCCUAUUAAAGUUUAGAAGUGGAGCACUUAAGAAAUGAAAGAUGGUGAAGUGUGAAUCAUCCCAUUCGUCAAAAUGCAAUUAAAUUUUUAUCCACGUCUAUACAUGUAUAUGUCGAUGAUUAUGAAAGUGGUUUAAAUAAAAAAAAACUUCAUCUGUUUAUUUAAUUUA